AUGACCCAGAGCAAAAUUGAUCAUGGCAAAUUGACUAUUUCCCAAGCAACUCAAGAGCAAAAGCUAGAAAUUUAUAAACAUAUUAAUGAUCACUGGGGAACUCCGGAGACUGGGCCCGACUAUUUUAUUCAAUAUCAUUCGAUCAUCGAAACCAAGAAUUACACUCAGGACGGAAGAAUAACUUAUUGGGUACUCGUUCCAGAAGAUGCGAAAGACACCUCUGACAUUCUAUCUUGUUGCAGAACGUAUCGCCGUGAUGCUUCAGUUCUUUCUCCCAGCUCGGACCAGCCUACCCAGGCUAUAGGUUAUGCUAUAGGCACCGUGGUGACUCCAAAGAAAUGUCGAGGCCAGGGAUACGCCAAUCAUCAACAUCCCACCUUCUGUCUAUCGGCUGCUUUCUCGGUCUUGUAUAGCGACGUCGGAACAUACUACGAACGCUGCGGUCCCGUUCCCGGAGAAAUUGGCUGGAAGGUCCAAAAUCCUAUUAGUACGACCUGGCGAAUUUCAGACACGUUGCCCGUCCUAUCGAGCCGAACGGAUCUGUCGCUAGAAAUUCAGCUACUCUCGCAAGAUGACGUAACCGCUCUUUUAUCAUCAGACGUCCCUGACUGGAAGGCUCUUAAUCGACAACCUGAUACGACUUAUUUCGCAUUCUCUCCGAGCGCGCUGCCCAACACUCAUCUCAUGACCCGGAGCUAUAUUCACCCGUUACACAAGUCAACGUCAGAUGUGUUUUGGGGAGCUAAUAUAGCUUCUAAUGGGCACUUUAUUACCUGGGCAUUCGAUCACUAUGUCCCCGCCACCCUCGUAAUUACACGCAUAAAUGCCGAUUCCAGUACCUUGCCGCUUCUUUUACGAGAGGCAUUCAAAGCAGGACAGGAUCAGGACUGCGAGGAAGCCGAGGUGUGGAACUUGCCAGAGGAUCUCUCGAAAGAAGCGGAGCGGCUGGGCGGGAAGACUUAUGAACGAACCUCACAUUUGCCCGCUUACAGAUGGUAUGGUCCUGAACCGGCCAAGAAUGUUGUUUGGGUUCGGAACGAGUAG